UCUAUACUCAACAUCUACAUCACUCAUGUCAAAAAUUCAGGACACUUUAUUAGGGACACUGGAUGAGUUCAAAGCAGACCUACGCCGUCACGGUUGCGCAGAUGUUCGCAACCUGACCACUAAUGAUCUGACGAAUGACAUACACCCCUUGUUCUCGCAUGAUAGAUGGGCGACUGGGGCUCAUCAAUGCACGCAGGCUGUUUACUCUCGAAUUCUUCCAGCACUACAGCUUGCCUCUCGCCUGCUUCUCGAAGACUGCACGCUGGGAUGGUUCUGCCAUGUCGCUUACGGGGUCGUCUGUCAAUCUUCCACCGGAAAAGAGUAUUUGGCUUGUUCUAAAGACGAGAAAAAACCCCAUUCGACGAGAUUGGUCAAACAACACCUAGAAGCGCUCGCACGAGUCGUUGGGUUUGGAUUCGAACCAUCACUUCAUCCAGUACAUAAUGCAUUCGGUGCCUGUUAUGGAUCUCCAGCCGGCAUCAGUGACACAGCUCAAUGGCCGUCUAUUGAGAAGCAAAUUUCCAAUACGGCCAACAAGGACCGUGGUACACCGUCUUUUAUCGUACUGCACCCCAACUUCCGACGCUUUUUCAACGACAAUUACGCCAGCGCGACCCCUUCGACACAGUACAGAACCAUGUUUACAUUCGCUCAAACUCUUGUGCACGAAGUGGCUCAUGCGUACGCAGCAUGGCUGGGUCACAAGGGAACGAUCUUGUACUCGAUUAACGACACGCGUGCAGAAUUGGGAUACUCUUGGGAGAAGGAAGUCCUCGGAGAAGAAAUUUGGGCUUCUAGUGUAAAUGAGAUUGGCAAAGGCUGCUCUGUCCUCAUUUCGACUCGAUCAAUCUUGUACAGACGUGUGCAGGACCGUGAUCGGAUGUUACGUGCCAUGGUAGGUGGCAAAGAUGUGCGGUGGAAAUCCCUCAGGUUGUCUGGAGAAGCUCACCCCUGUGAGGAUCCGAUCAUGACCUUCAUCUAUCGUUCAGGGCCAUAUGAGUUUCAUGGCCCCGAGGACCAAGGAGAUGGUCUACAGACAAUACACUGCCUUUACGCUAUACCCAUGAAGUGGAUCAUGGCUUGGUUCAAAGAAUCCGAAUGGCAGGCUCGGCGCCGAACGUGGGAAGAUACAGGGGAGUAUUCUCCGCCAAAGCUGCCCGAUACGUUUAUAUUAAAGCUUGAGCGAGUGAGCAAUGGCAACCGGGUCGAACGCUACUGCCAUCACUCGUUGGACGCGUCUGUGCCGCAGUCUGACACAGAUGUGGACAUGAUGGACGUUUAGCCUGGCACCUGAGCUCUGACACCUCUGGCUCGAGAAAACUAUGCCAUGCGCAAUACUCGAAUGGUACAACUUUCCUUUCAUGGGGUUCACUGAGUGGUCCUCGGGCGUGCAUAUCAAGGACAGGGAAGUGCAGCCGGUCAACCGCUUCCAUCGAGCACAUCCAGGUCAGGUUUCGAUUGGAAGAGGAGGAUGAUGGCAGAUGAUAGGAGAGAUAGCCCCUCUCACCUCCAACCCAAAAGUCCAGUUUGUUGGGGUCGCAGUGUGACAGUGAGAAGGGGGACUUUGCUUCGUAGGGAGAUUAUGUGUACAUUGGAAUUGGAUGGUAUUAGAGAUCAUGCCCGCUAAACACCCUAUUUCAGUGACAAUCCCUUCCGCUCUCGUGAAAUGCGCGAUUUUAUUGCGAUUCCCUCCCCGAUUGUGUCGUCGUCUUCCGGGCGUAGUCUACGACGUUGGCGAUAGAGAGUCGCAACGGUCCGACGUUCGGAGUUUCGGUGGAGCCUUAAAUCCGAACGGUUCGCCGCGCAG